AUGAUUACAGAUAGAAUACAUACACAGAUUACAAGAAGAAGUAGUCGUCAUUUAAAAUUAUCAGUAAAUGUCACAAAGGUGACUCGUCAUCAUCAUCAUCAUCAUCAUCAUCAUCAUAACAAUAAAUCGUCAGUAGAAACAUAUACGUCUAUACAUUCACCAACUAUCACUUCAUUGAUAAAGAAGAAAUCAGUUCAUCAUCGUACUAGAUUUCCUUCGAUUGCAAAUAUUUUUAAUACUCAAACUAAAACUAAUGAAUUAAACAAAUCAUGUGUUGUUCCACAAAACUAUGCUGAACAUUCAAAGAAUAACAGUGGAAAUUCAAAUAAAACAAAAACUAAUCAAGACAGUACUAAUGAAGCCUGGCCCAUUGAAACCAAUUGUAUAUAUGAAUAUGAAGAACAAGCAAAAAAGAAAAAAAAACAAAAAUAUAAAUAUUGUACUGGCUUCCGUUUACGUGCUCUUUUGUGUUUGUUUGGUACGAUCAUCCUCGGAGCUUUAGUUGCUGCAAUUAUUAUUGCUAUUUUAUCUAAAUCAAUAACAACAAACAUAACAUCAAUUACAACAGUGUCAACUACUAUAAUAACAACGACAACAGAAUCAACAAGCACUACCACAACUACACCUCCGUUAUUUUACAUCAGCUUAAAUGAAUCUGUAAAUGGCAUAUGGAAUACUACUGUCGGGGGCGAUAGUACUGCAUCUGUUAAUGGUACAAGUGCUGGUAAUUAUGUAACGGGGGAAGAACCGAAUGCAGCAUUUGAUAGAAAUACGAGCACUAAAUAUACGAGCUUUGGUUCAUGUAGUAUUGGCGUUCCAUCCAUUGAAUGUGGUAUAAAUACUGGUUUAUAUAUAACACCUCAAUCAGGUGCUUCUUUAAUCACUGGUUUACGAUUCUGUACAGGUAAUGACUAUCCGGAACGUGAUCCUCUUACAGUAUCCGUGGAAGGAAGCAAUCAUACUUUAGCACUUACAUUUGGAACAAGUUGGACUCUUAUCUAUAAUGGUACAACAGGUCUUGAUGUAGAUCCUGGGAGAGCUACUUGUGGAGUUACACAACUAUUUUUAAAUAAUUCUAACUCUUAUUUAAGUUAUCGAAUUCUUCUCAGUUCAAAACGUGGCAUAGAUUAUGUUCUUCAAUAUUCUGAAAUAGAACUACUUGGUUACUAA